GGCUUCGAGCAGGCGUUUAAAGAUGGCGGCCGCGGCGCGGGGCGGGGGAUGGUUUUCCUGAGGCGGCCGAGCUCGCCCCCCGCCACCCCGGACUCGCGGAGCAGCGGCAGGGACACGGGGAUGGCUCAGGUUGAAAGAGGAAAGGGAGAGCUGCUUGUCCAAUGAAGAUGCAGUCUUAGUCUUCAGCUAUUUAAGCUGAAUGCAUUGUGAUUUCCAAUAAUUGAGACAGUGAUUCUGAAAGCUGUCUACAUUAAUGAAAAGAACAAUGUAGUCAGCUUAACUGAAUCAUCAGUGUUGCAUAUUGACUAGAACAUGAUAAACCAAUCUUGAUGGACUUAUGCAUGUUAGGAAUAUAGAUACAAACAUUUAUUAAAGCAUUGUGUUUUUUAAAAACAGUAGUUUUAAAAAAUGGAGAAAUAUGAAAAUGUACCACCCCUCCCUAAAGAACCUGCAAGAGAAAUGAAUGUGGAGAAUCACACUUGUCCCCCACCUCUGCCGCCUAACGAACAGCCUCCACCACCUCCCCUGCAAACGUCCAGUGACGCAGAGGUAAUGGACGUUGGCUCUGGUGGUGAUGGACAGUCAGAUACCCCUGCUGGGGACACGCACAGUAUCUGCAGAACACAGCUUCUCACAAAGGGAUCUGCCUGCUACAAAAGUCGUCUUAUAGUAGACCCUAACAAUAGUGACCAAAGCCCAAGAACUGCUCGUCAUGCACCGUCAGUUCGAAAGUUCACCCCAGAUCUUAAGUUACUUAAAGAUGUAAAAAUUAGCGUUAGCUUUACAGAAAGCUGCAAAAGCAAAGAUAGGAAAGUUCUGUACACUGGAGUUGAGCAGGAUUAUAAGGCAGAUACAGAUUUUGGUAUUAAUAAUGUCAACGGGGAUUUGCAUGUGUGUCCUUUCGGUGGUAGUAAUGGUAAAGCUGUAGGAACAGGGGGUGAAAAUGAUGACAAGAAGGAUGAUGAAAAUGAUAUUGAUCAGGAAAAGAGAGUAGAAUAUGCAGUUCUGGAUGAGCUAGAAGAUUUUACCGACAAUUUGAUGGAAAUAGAUGAAGAAGGAGGAGGGUUCACAUCUAAAGCAAUCGUUCAAAGAGAUAAAGUGGAUGAAGAAACCUUGAAUUACUCGUACGAGGAUGACUUUGAUAAUGAUGUGGAUGCUCUGCUGGAAGAGGGUCUUCGAGCACCCAAAACAAGGAGACUAGAAAAUGAGAAAUAUGCUGGUGAAAGUGAUCACCAGUCUGAUGGAGAAACAAGUGUGCAGCCAAUGAUGACCAAAAUUAAAACUGUACUUAAAAGUCGUGGCCGCCCUCCUACAGAACCUUUGCCAGAUGGAUGGAUCAUGACAUUCCAUAACUCGGGCAUUCCUGUAUAUCUGCACAGGGAAUCUAGAGUUGUUACCUGGUCUAGACCUUAUUUCUUGGGAACAGGAAGCAUAAGGAAACAUGAUCCUCCCCUUACUAGCAUUCCCUGCUUUCAUUACAAAAAAAUGAAGGAAAAUGAGGAAAGGGAACAAAACAAUGACAUAACCCCAAAUGGGGAAGUAUCACCUGUAAAGCAUCUAGAUAAAUCUUCAGAACUGGACUGCCAAACAGAAGAACCGGAUUCCACUGCUGCUGACUCUGGGCCUUUAGAUGAGAAAGACCCCACAGGGGGAGAUGCAGCACAAGGAGCCUUAGGACAAGUUAAGGCCAAAGUUGAAGUAUGUAAAGAUGAAUCUGUAGAUCUGGAAGAUUUUAGACGCUAUCUUGAAAAGCGUUUUGACUUUGAACAAGUUACUGUAAAAAAGUUCAGAACCUGGGCUGAGAGACGGCAAUUCAACCGCGAGAUGAAGCGCAAACAGGCAGAAUCCGAGCGGCCCAUUCUGCCUGCCAACCAGAAACUCAUUACCUUGUCUGUGCAAGAUGCACCUACAAAGAAAGAAUUUGUCAUUAAUCCCAAUGGGAAGUCUGAAGUUUGCAUACUGCACGAAUAUAUGCAACGAGUCCUAAAGGUUCGCCCUGUUUACAAUUUCUUCGAAUGUGAGAACCCAAGUGAACCUUUUGGAGCCUCAGUGAUUAUUGAUGGAGUUACUUACGGGGCAGGAACUGCCAGCAGCAAAAAACUUGCCAAGAAUAAAGCUGCUCGAGCUACACUGGAAAUCCUUAUUCCUGACUUUGUUAAACAGACCUCUGAGGAGAAGCCCAAAGACAGUGAAGAACUUGAGUAUUUUAACCAUAUCAGUAUUGAGGACUCACGGGUAUAUGAACUCACCAGUAAAGCUGGACUGUUGUCUCCAUAUCAGAUUCUCCAUGAGUGCCUUAAAAGAAACCACGGAAUGGGUGACACAACCAUAAAGUUUGAAGUGAUUCCUGGUAAAAAUCAGAAGAGUGAAUAUGUCAUGACUUGUGGCAAGCACACGGUGCGAGGCUGGUGCAAAAACAAGAGAGUGGGGAAACAACUAGCUUCUCAGAAAAUCCUACAGCUACUGCAUCCACAUGUGAAGAAUUGGGGCUCUCUCCUGCGUAUGUAUGGGAGAGAGAACAGCAAGAUGGUUAAACAGGAAACCUCUGAUAAAAGUGUGAUAGAGCUUCAGCAGUAUGCCAAAAAGAACAAGCCAAAUCUGCACAUCCUGAACAAGUUGCAGGAAGAAAUGAAAAAACUGGCACAAGAAAGAGAGGAAACCCGAAAGAAACCCAAGAUGACAAUAGUGGAGUCGGCUCAGCCUGCUAGUGAACCUCUCUGUACUGUUGAUGUCUAAUGAGAAAACUUACAAGUGGGGAGCAAUAACAAAUGGAGGAACUAGAUUUUCAACAAUUAUUUAAAAAUUGUUUGCUGCAGAAUGCAAGAUAACUUUUAAAAUCCAAGCUGCUUCAGUUAUGCAUUGUUCUUUUUGCAUCAUCAGGGCAAUAUUACUUUUUCCUAUUUUCUUUUCUCUUUUUUUUUUUUUCCUUGUUUUAAUACCUCUUAUACACGUACGUUUAAAGGAUUGAUCAUAAAGAUCUCUACUUGGGCAAAUGCACAGAGGACAGGCAUGUUCACACAGGAUGAAAUCAAUCAAGCACUUUUUCCUGCAAAGCCAUCCAUGUUGUUUGAAGUGGAUGUGUUUUUAAGGAUGAAAUUCAGAAUAUCUAUGUACAGGUUGAAGCUGAUAUUAUAUAUAUACACACAUUCAUAUAUAUGUAUAUAUAAAAGAAAUAUAUGUACACCUUCUUGUAUGAACAUGCCUAAAAGUAUUUUUGUGAAAAGUUUUGUUGCAUUUCAGCACAUAAUAAUAUGCACUGAUAAGACACUUUGGUGACAAAUACAUGAAAGUGAUGAGCAAUGUUCCUAAUGCCAUAGGAUUAGGCCAGUAACGCUGUUUCUUUCUGGUUUGUUUUUUGUCUCCUGCCAGGCUUAGUUAUUUGAGAUCACAGUAUGCAGACUUUUGAUUACUUGAACAGAACAAGUAUACCUGGUAGUGUUAAAAGCAACAGGCUGGAUAUCCAAAAUUACUGGGGUUUAGCUGUGUUAGUUUACAGAUCAGUUGAAAGGGGGGAAAAUAUGGCCCUAUUUAUUUGAUGAAAAGAACUGUAAUUUGAAAGGCUGUUUUCAAAGCUUGGAGCCAAAACGCAGCUGAUGGUGGUUGACAGUCUGAAAUAUUUUGCCAAUGGUGUGUUUAAAGACCUUCCGCUUCCUUCUCCCAGCAAUAAAAUAACUUCUCAUUUGUUUGGUGUCAGAAUCCAUCUGACUUGAUCAACUAAGUCUUAAUUUGCACCAUAAAAGCAAAGCAUUAAAAAACCACAACCCUAAGAAACCUGAAGUAACUGCAGCAAUUUAGGGGGUUUUAAGAAUGUUUGGUUUUACUUUUUUAAUGACACUUUUAGUUUUUAAAGAAAAAGUGUAACUUCAGCAAUGAAAAUUAGAAUGUAGAUUUGGCAUAUGACAUAGAAUAAUGAGUAGAAUGAGACCAUGACAAGUUAUACUGAUAAGUAAGAAAAUCACAAAUAUGCAACUAUUUUAAAACACAAUCUUGGAAACCAGGCAGUACUCACGAUGUCAUCUGAGGCUUUAAGUGAAGCACAGAAACUGUUGAGGCUGUAGUGAAAGCACUGGGCUGUGGGUUUCGUUCUUCCUAUGAGGAUCUUUACUGGGUGGUUGCAGUAAUCUUGUCUUGGAACCAUUUCUGUGGGUUCUUUGCUUCGUUCCUAAAGAAGAGAGUGAAAACCAAGGUGGUGGUAGGGCUUCGGGGGUGGCCGAGGGUUGUACUGCUGCAUUUCAUCCUCUUCUUAGGAGAGGGAGAGCUCAGUUGGGUACAGUUGCUGUAGCUCCUGGUACGUACCUGGACAGUGAUCUGGGGGCUGGAGGGGAGGGGGUUGUUUGGGGUUUUGGUUGUUUUUGUGUUUUUACCAUGUUACAUAGAGUGCUGCAGUAUGAACUUAGUGCCUACUGGAUUUUAACAAUAUUGGCAUCAGUAUUGUAAGAACUCCUUUUAAUAUCACCUGUUAUUUUGGAAAUACAUAGAUUUUAAUUUAUAGCUCUAAUAUUAGAUAAUAUGUCGCAUAGAAUGUUUGAAGCUAAACAGGAGGAAUCUUGGAGUCUUACCCAUUUUUGUGUUUGAGUGAUGUGCUUGGAGGUCUCUGCAAAUAGCAAUUCACCCAUUUUAUAUUACUAUAUUUAGCUUUUCAGUUUCACAAGUUGUAAUCCUGCUGUGACAGGAUACGGGUAGUUGGAAGACUAUACAUAAACUAUUAUUUAAAGAAGUGGCCUAUCUAAAAAGACAAAAGCAAAAAACCACUGCCUCUGCUUUUUUUUGUAUAGCUUUAAUAAAUCUCCAUCUUCUGAAGGGUAUAUAAUAUUGGUGCAGUAGUGACAAGCAGUGAUUACUGUUUGUCUGGUUUUAGUUUGGUUUUUUGUUUUCUUUUCAUAAAGACAGGGCUUCUAUCUCCUAUGCCUAACUGUAGUACUCUUUUAGGUAGGUUUUACUUCAGCUUAUGUGUUUUCAGCAGAAAAAUCUGUACUUGGAUGGCACUGUAAAAGACAAAUCACCCUUGUAGAUCUCUUUAUUUUUCUGGUACCAGAAUGUCAAUACAUUUGCAGGUCACCUGCAGAAUAUCCACAGAUGCCUCACAAAUUUCUUUUCAUUAUUUUUAAGAGGAUUGCUGUAUUACCUCAGUCUGCCACUAUCAGAAUCACAAGGUGACCAUUGCCCUUAACUAAAACAUCCAGAGAUUUCAUUGUGAACCAAAGCCUAGAACGUAUAUUAUGCAUUCUAAACAAAAACAAACAAAAAAAGAUGGUAUUAGACCUUGCUGCAGCCUUUAACUGGAGAGAUGUCCAGAAAAUAGCGCAAUAACUGCUGGAACAAACAACUUAACUGCUGUUUAUGUCAUUGUGAAGUAUUCUUGUGUUUUAAUGUUUACUAUUGUUUGGAGUGUAACAGUCUUGCAUUUGCACAUAAGCACGAGCUGCUGUGAUAGAGGAUAGAUCAUUGCAUUAACUUCAGCUUCUGCAUGAACACUUACAGUGUGAUUCAAGAUGUAUCCUGAACUUGUCGUGUAACUCUUGUGUGUUUUCUAGGUAAUCGGCUGUAAAGGUUUAGAUCUUGACUGUACGAAUGCAUAAAACAACUGCUGCUUUUGUCACUGAUCUUUGUUAUUUAUCCCUUCUAUAGCCAGAGGAGGAUGGGUAUUUUUAUAGGGAUGGAGUGUAUUUUUAAGAACUGUUCCGUCCUUUGGGACUUGGACAGUUUGUGCUUUGCAUAUUAUGUGCUUCUUGACAAAAGUGUGGUAUGUUGACUUAAGGAUUAGUGUGCAUUCAAAUCUUUAUGGUACUGAUGGAAAACUUACUGUGACUUCCAAUUAAUAGUCAGAUGCUACCUAUUUAAACACCAGGCAUCCAGCUCUUUCUUCCAUAUUUAUUAAACUAAACUGAUGAAGUAGUUGGGUACUCAGAAGUUUGGAAAGACUAUUAUGCAUAAACUUAACUGUUGUAUGUAAACUUCCACUUUCCUGUGAUGCUGUUAGGCUUUAUACAAAACUUACAUGUAACAUCCAAGUAUUUAAAAAGCAUCAUGAACAUCUUACUAACUCUCUAGACUGUACUUUGGUUCGGGAGUAAAAUUCAGGGAGCGACAGCCUCCUUGCUUUGCCUGGAACGAAACGUGAAGUGCAAGAAGCCAUUCUGUUGUUAACCAAAUAAAAUCAUCAGUUACAGUAUUCUGAUGCAUAUCGGAGAAAAUGAAACCACCACCAACCUGGAAUUCAUUCCUAUUGCCCAAGUAGGUGACGAUGGUUGCGGUCUGAGUCGCGCUGCGUGCAGCUGCUUGAUGCCCGUGCUGAAUUGGUACAACUAUAAAGCCUCACUGUCACUGAGCCUCUGCUUGCUUUUUUUUCUGCACAAUCAUAUAAUCCUCUGUGUUUGGUCUUUGAGUACUACAUGUGUAUUUUUCAGACAAUUAGUUUUGAGCAAUAAAGUUUGAUAUUAUAAAAUG